AUGUCUGUGCAAGAACCUGCAGAAUCUUCCGCAAAUGGCUCAAAGAAUCUGCAGGUGUGUGACGAACCAUUUGGAGGAGCUGUUUCAUGGGCACAAUUGAUGGAAGAGGAUGAGCAAUUCAAUAAAAUCACUGAUGACGACGACGGAGAAACUGAAGAAGCAGACGGUGGUGAAACAACAGAAAAUUCAUCACCCGAACGUCGUGGUCGUCGUAAUAUUCCAACAGAACCACCAUUCCGUGUUCAAAUCACAAAUAUCUCAUCACAACACGUCGAAGAGGAGUUGAUCUACUAUUUUGGCGGUGAAUCACACAUUAAACGUGUCGAUAUUCGAAAAGAAGACGGAAAUGCUGAAUUUGAAUAUUUCACCCGCGAUGGGCUCCUUCUUGCACUCAAAAAACAGGAUGUGGAGUUUAAAGGACGCGUUUUGAAGGUUUUUGUUCGUCAAAAUCGUGAAAGUGUGGCUCGUGUGACGUCACGGCACUCUCAACAGGAAUACGGGCGGCCGUAUGAAUCGAAUGAUAGUCAUUUUAGUGGAAAAUCAUCAUCGCAGAAUUAUAGAAGAAGUCAUUAUAAUAGUCAAAACAGUUUGAAUAGUGACAAACAUGGACGUUAUGAUAAGGGAAAUCGCUCGAAUCAUUAUGGAACAAUGCCGGCCGGCGGAUUUCAUGAUCGUCGUGGAGGAGGAAGCUACCGUGGCAGUAACGAUUGUCGCUUCAACAAUAAUGGAAGUUUCAGAGCUCCAAGGAAUCCGAAUUAUGAUCGUCAGAACAGCAGUGGCCGUGACGAUUAUCAUCACGGAAAUGGUGGUCCAUUGCAAAGAAGUGGAAGUUAUCAACAUAAUCAUAAUCACAGUAACACAAAGGAUUACGGUAGACAAUACAGUAAUCACAACCACUACAGUAACUACCACGGAGGUGGUGGUCCUGGAUCAAUAUCCGCUCGUUCCCGCACCGAAUCACACUCUACAACCAACAAUUAUGACGCAUUUUCACGUACAAGUUCACGAAUGUCGUUGGCUGCCACUGGAACAGUUGAGGAGACUCCACAACGGAAAUCUACAGGCGGUGGAGCAAAUCCAUUUGGAGACGCAAAACCCGUGGAUACAGAAACACGACUUUUGGAGCUUGAAAAACGACGUCAGGAGAAGGAAAAAGAGCAAAAAGCGGCUGCUGCUGCUGCGGCGGCCGCUGCAGCAGCAGCCGCAGAUCCAGUGGCUGGAGAUCAUGAGAAUAUCGUGUCAGACUCGACACAAGCUUCCAGAAGUUCGACGUCAAGCCAUCGGGGAUUCCAUGGUCCUCCAUCACAUCGUGGAUCAUAUCAAGGAUCAUCAGGACGUGGUGGUGGUGGAUACCAUCAGCAGCAGCAUCAUCAGUACAAUCAUCAUGGCGCAUCAUCCACCGACCAGCAGACUUUUGAGCAAGGAGCACCGCCGGGCUCGGUUAGAAUUAAGAAGCGCGAAUCUGUGGAACUUGAAAGGCAAGCACCACAGCAACAACACGACGAAAUUCCGCCAGUCGACCCGAUACAGUACCCCAAAGAUGAUGUUAAGAAAAUGUCGACAGCAUCGGAUUCAGCAGAGACAACGACGACGACGUCAUCAAUCGAUCAUUUGCCACCUCAUCCACCUCAUCCAACAUCUCAUCAUAAUUCACGUGGAGGACGUGGUGGCCGUCCAUCAAUGAAACCAUAUACAUCUGGAGGUGGUCGUGGUGGAGGUCAUCAUCAUUCCCAACAUCAUCAUCAUAAUCAUAAUCAACUCCAAAAAUCGGCCACAAUCGGACAUAUUGAUAAAGUUCCACGUGGAGAUCAUGGAGAUCAUCAGGAAAUGGAUACAUCGACGACUUCAUCGAAAUCUGGAGGUGGUGGAGGUGGUGGACAUCAGAAGAAUCAUCGGAAAUAUGAUCAGUCAUCAUCCCAGAGAUAUCAGCAGCAACGACGUUCAAGUAUGUCGGCUGGAUCAGAAUCUGGUGGACGAGGUGGUGGUGGUGGAGGUCAGAAGCCAUCAUCAUCACGUGGAAGUGCACGUGGAAUGCGUGGUGGUGGAGGACACCGAAAGAGUGGAGGAGAUGAUGAUCGGCAGCAGCAGCAGCACCAGAAUAGUAUUGCUGAGAAGCCGGAAGGAUCCUCCUCUGGAUCUGCUACUGAGAAGAGCAAAGAGAUUGAGGCGAAGAGCAAAAAGGAUGACACAAAAAAGCCGCUGGAGCCAUCAGCUGCUUCAUCUGAUCCUUCAUCCUCAUCCACCACAACCACCACUAUCACAAAAGAGCCACCAACUCAAUCGGCUUCUGCUUCUGGUGCUGCUGCUGCUGCUGCUGCUUCUGCUCAACCAUCAGAAUCAUCAUCUGCUACUGCAGCUUCUGGCGACAACGGGGAUUCGGCACAAAAUUCGUCGUCAACACCGAAAAAGAAUGCGAAAAAGGAGAAGAAGAAGCAGAAGCGUGAAGCACGGCAGACACCGUUGGGAAAUAACAAGUUCUCCGCGUUGGCGAUGUGUGAUAAUUAAUUUUUCCCCGUUUUUUUUUGAAUUUUUUUCCCAUUUUUCCCGUCGAAAAUUGAGAAAAAUUGAGUUUUUUAGGUGAAAAAUCGAUUGUUUCGAAAUUUAUCCAUUUUUCUUGUAAAUUAUCGAUUUUCCUGGUGAGUUAUCGAUUUUUCAGAAAAUUCAUCAAUUUUUCAGAAAUUUAUCGAUUUUUCGAAAUUUAUCGAUUUUUCGAAAUUUAUCGAUUUUUCAGAAAAUUUAUUGAUUUUUCAGAAAAUUUAUCGAUUUUUCAGAAAAUUUAUCGAUUUUUCUGGUGAAUUAUCGAUUUUUCGGAAAAUUUAUCGAUUUUUCGGAAAAUUUAUCGAUUUUCUGAAAUGUAUCGAUUUUUCGGAAAAUUUAUCGAUUUUUCUGGUGAAUUAUCGAUUUUUUUCGAUUUUUCGGAACAUUUAUCGAUUUUUCAGAAAUUUAUCGAUUUUUCGAAAUUUAUCGAUUUUUCGAAAUUUAUCGAUUUUUCAGAAAAUUUAUUGAUUUUUCAGAAAAUUUAUCGAUUUUUCGGAAAAUUUAUCGAUUUUCUGAAAUGUAUCGAUUUUUCGGAAAAUUUAUCGAUUUUUCUGGUGAAUUAUCGAUUUUUUUCGAUUUUUCUGACAAUUUAUCGAUUUUUUCGGAAAAUUUAUCGAUUUUUCUGAUAAUCUGCAAAAACUCGAAAAAUUCUGAUUUUUUUCAAUUUUCGCCCCCCACCGCCCGCCCUUUAUGAACCGAUAAUUCCAAGUGCAAUUUUGUCUUUUCCCCAGAUUUUUUUCUUCCAAAAUUUCUCCCUCUAGCCCCGCCCACAAAUUGGCUGUUUUUUUGGCCAAAAAUUAUUCCACAUAUUCUCAGGUUUUCCCCUAUUUUUUUUUUUUGGAAAUUAUCGAUUUUCCCCCCUAUUUUUCAGAUUUUUUUUGUGUCUGGUCGAUUUUUGAGACCCCCAAUAUUUUUAAUGGUUAUGCGAGUAUUCAUUAUUAUACCCCCCUCCUACGUCACGAAUCUCUUUCCCCCGAUUUUUUUAUUGUGUAAAAAUUUCCCGCACAAUUUAUGCAAUUAUCGAUUUUUUAAUUAUUUGAUAGGGAUUUGGUAAAGAUAAAUGUGACACGAUUUGAAU